AUGCAGGACUUGAUCGCCAUUAUUGGCUCUGCUUGUCGAUUCCCUGGGCAAUCAGAUAGCCCUUCAAAGCUAUGGACCCGGUUAAAAGAGCCUGUCGACCUUCGCAAGACCUUUCCUCCUGAGAGACUGAACCUCGCUCGGUUCUAUCAUCCAGAUGGAGAACACCACGGCAGCACAGAUGUACGCGGGAUGUCAUACCUGCUGUCAGAGGACCCUCGUCAGUUUGAUGCAUCUUUCUUCAAUAUCAACCCUCGCGAGGCGGAAGGGAUGGAUCCUCAACAGAGGCUGCUGCUGGAGACUACCUAUGAGGCCCUUGAGGCGGCCGGCUACUCACUGGAGGCCAUGAAUGGUUCAAAAACAUCCGUUCACGUCGGUGUGAUGAACACAGAUUUCAGGAAUAUUCAGCUGCGAGAUACAGAAGUGCUACCUACAUACAAUGCCACCGGCACCUCCAUUAGCAUUCUUUCAAAUCGACUGUCAUACUUUUUCAAUCUAAAAGGCCCGUCAGUGACCGUUGAUACGGCCUGCUCCAGCUCACUGGUAGCCCUGCAUCAGGCCGUCCAGGGCCUUCGCGCCGGUGAUGCAACCUCCGCCAUUGUUGCCGGUGCAAACUUGAUUUUUGAUCCCGCUAUGUACAUCGCUGAAUCGAGUCUGCAUAUGCUGUCCCCUGACUCAUGCUCGAGGAUGUGGGAUAAGGAUGCCAACGGAUAUGCUCGGGGAGCAGGGUUCGGUGUAUUGCUCCUUAAACCGCUGAGUCGGGCCAUUAUGGAUGGCGACCACAUCGAGGCAGUCAUCCGCAGCACGGGUGUCAAUUCCGAUGGCCGUACCAAGGGCAUCACCAUGCCCAACGCAGCGUCCCAAACGGAGCUUAUUCGGCAAACAUACCGAGAUGCAGGCCUUGACCCUGUCCGGGAUCGAUGCCAGUACUUUGAGUGCCACGGAACGGGCACUGCGACUGGAGACCCCAUAGAAGCGCGCGCUGUGCACGAUGCAUUUUUCCCCACUGAAACAGGCACAGCCUCGAACCCGCUUAUCCCCGACGGCAAGCUGUACGUCGGAUCCGUGAAGACGAUCAUUGGCCAUCUUGAAGGUUGUGCGGGCAUUGCUGGAGUCCUCAAGGCUGUUCUCGCCAUCAAGAAUCGCACCGAGUUGCUGUGA